AUGAAACUUUUGAGUCUUCUCGCCAUCUCCUCGACCCAGGGCCAGCUUCUUUCCCGAGAAGCGUGUCCUGAAAUCCCAAAAAUUGCUGAUUUUGAUGCUGAACGAUACUCUGGUCAAUGGUGGGAACAAGCUCGCUACCCGUAUGCGUUCCAAAAUCCUCUGGGCAGAUGCGUCGGCGCCAAAUAUGGUGUAAUUGAUGAGUCGAAGAUCAGCGUGCUCAACACGAACGUCAUCCCAAAACCAGACGGAUCCGGACUUUGGGAGAUGCAAUAUGUAAACGCUUUUGGAACCAUCGUCGAUCCUGAGUUCCCAAACAAGCUCAAUAUCAACUUCGACUACUUUGGCCCGAAUGUCCGAGAACGAGGAACCAACUACUGGGUCAUGGAAACCGACUACGACGAGUACACAAUCGUCAUGAACUGCGAAGGCCGAGAUGAUGGAUUCACUGUCUCUUACGGCUGGCUCAUGACUCGAGAAAAGGACAUGCGAGUCCUCAACCCAAGACGAUACGACGAGCUUCUUGAAAAGGCAAAGGGAUACUCGACUCUUUGGGCGCGACCUGAAGUCAUCACUGCUGAUAACACUGACUGUUCUUUUGACGAGGAAUCUUAUUGGCCAAACUAA